AUGCUGCCAAGUAGAGGGCUGCGGCCCGCCCAGUUGGCUCCCUUGGCCUCGCGCCAAUCGACACAUGUCUAUUCGAAUGCUUCACGAAAGUUUUCUUCCCUUCCUCGGACUGCCCGUCUCCCACCCUCGUCCCGCGCAGGCCCACUGUCGGCCCAGUCGAGGACGGGCGCUGGCGCAAACUCGCACAUGGCCCCGAAGGCAUCGUCUGUCCGUUACGCAUCUUGGUACGCGCCUUGGGGCUGGGGUCGCUCCAGCACGCCCGGCGCCGGCGACCUGCCCGUUGAAACCGUGCCCAUUGCCGACUUCUCCAAGGCACCCACGCCAGCCUUUGAGCCUCAGGUGACCACCGCCACGCCCGAGAUGGCGCCCGCAGGCAUCGACAAGCCCGCCGUCACCGAGAACGCCAUUGCCUCCGCCGAGGGCUCCUCUUCGACGCUCGAUGCGCAGACACUGGACGAGCUACUCAACACCGACCCCGUCAAGGACGUCAUCCCCAGGGCGGACAUGGACCCCACACAGCUCAUCGACCACCCGGGACAGCUGGCGGAACUGGGCUUGGACUACGGCUGGGGCGUCACAACCAUGUUCGAGAAGCUCAUCGAGUCCAUAUACCUGCAGACGGGCUGGGGCUGGGCAGGCACCAUCAUGGCGACCACGGUCGUCGUGCGCAGCGGCAUGUUUGUCUUCCAGGCCCUCAGCUCCGACAAGAUGGCGGCCAUGGCGGCCCUGAGCCCCGUCACCAAGCCGCUGCAGGACAAGCUGUCAGCGGCGCUCGCGGCAGGCGACAAGCAAAAGGCAGAUCUGUACAAGAUGCAGCAGGCAGCCAUCAUGAAGCCUCACAUGGGUGGCAUGGCCUCGAUGGCAGGUUUCACCGCUAUCCAGGCCGUCGUUGGUUUCUGUGCCUUCCGACUGCUGAGAGCCAUGGGUGAAUUGCCGGUCCCGGGAAUGGCCCACGACGGUUUCUUAUGGUUCACUGAUCUCACUUCCCGCGAUCCCUACUUCAUUCUGCCAGCUACCACCACCUUCAUCAUGUACCAAGUUUUCAAGCGUGGAGGUGAGACGGGUGUUGCAGACGCGACAGGACAGGCUGCCCAGCGACAGAAGCUCAUGACCGGUAUGGCCUUCUUCAUCGGUCUCAUCACCGCUUUCCAGGCGUCCGCGCUGCAGCUCUACUUCCUCGUCUCCGGUAUCCUCGGUGCCGGAACAGGCUACCUCCUCAAGCAGAACGGCUUCAGACGCAUGAUUGGCAUUCACCUCCUUCCCAAACCAGAGAGCAACGAGCUUUUCACAAAGGUGGUCAAGGGCGAGCUCAAGCUCAAGGACAUCAAGGGUCCUGACGGCAAGAUCCGCUACCAGCCCCCAAGCCAGCUGAAGACCAAGUCUGCUCUCGGCACAACACGCCGCAACGCCACCCUGGCCGGUGGUGCCAUCAAGAUCAAGGAGGGAACGACUAUCCCACUGCACAUGCGCGCCGAGCAGCCCAAGGUGGACAAGGAGUUCCCUGACCGCGACGCCGACUUCGACCAAGGCCCCAAGGGCAGCCUGGCGGAGAAGAUGGACUACUACCGCCGCAACUACAAGAUGGCGUACGUCAAGCGCAGGAUGAACGACAGCAUGCGAGGCAUGAUGCAGAGAGCAGGGUACGACGUGGGCACCAACCUGUCGCGGGAAGAGGAGAAGAGGAAGAGGAAAGCGGAGCAGUACGAGGUGGAGAGGAAGAGGCGGUUCGAGAACAGGAGGUAG